CCUUUCUGCUUUCUUGCAACCCUCCUGAUUUCUGACAACUCGUCUACUUCCUGACAACUUUUCUACAUUCUGACAAAUCUUCUACUUUCUGACAACCUUCCUACCUCCCGGCAACUUUCUGAAUUUCUGAUGACGAACGCUUCUACUUUCUGAUGACAACUAUUCUACUUUAUGACAACCCUCCUAGUUUUUGACAAAUUUUGUACUUUCUGACAACUCAUCUACUUUCUGACAGCUUAUCUACUUUCUUAAGCUGCAACUUACUGACCUUUUAGCUGCGAUAGUAUGACGCGAUAGUAUGACCAGUCAUAUCUACCAUUAAGACGCAAUACACUCCCUACUUAGACGCAAUAAACACGCUCUUAGACUGGAUACACCCACUGCUUAGACUCAAUACACCCACCGCAUAGACUCUAUACCGAUUUUUUUUCCUCAAUUAAAAAGCAGUGAAUCUUCGGCCAGUUAAUUGGUCUCCCAACAUCGUCAUUGAUCCGCUGGUCGUUAACUUUUCAAAUAGUCUCCGCGGUCAGCACUUCCCUCAGUCAUACACAACUCUACCCCCAGAGCCUGCGUAAGAAUGAAGUCAACACCUGGCAAAGUCAUCGUCACCCUCUUGAUUCUAUUCACGAUUGUGGAUGCCAGCACAGAACGCGGUCAGUAGUGAGCGUUUGUAACAAAAAAAAAUUGUAUCGUUGUUUUACUACAAAAUUACGUCUCGGAAACUGUUAGGCUAACUGCUUGUUUCUCUAGUGGAGUAUUUUAGAUAUUAGGUGUGAGGACAUCAGGGAAUAAAGAUCAUCCAUCGGCUACUUUAUUAUAAUCGCAUCAUUUUUUUUUUAUUUCUUAAACGCAUCCUUAAAAAAAAAAUUAGCAAUUUUGUACGUUUUUGUGUUCUGUGAAUAAAUUGUGUCGUGGUUAAAGAUUAUAUUUUUACCUACCGAUGGGUCGUCUUAUGAUUUUGAUAACGUAAUGUUGAUAGCGAACGAUUUUAAAUUUUUUUAAAACGGACGCAAAAAAAUAUAGUAAAGCUUUAUUUUUUUCGCAGUUGGCACAAGGUUUUAUUUAAAUUUACUAAUCAAGAUAUCUUCAGAAAACGAAAGGCUAGAGAAAAGAAUUGACUUCUUAAAAGAAAAAGUAUUCGAUAAUAUUUUUUUUUUAAAACUUUAAAAUGAAAUCUUUCGUGAACUAUAAAUAAUGUUACAAAAUAUUUUAAAAAAUUAGCAUGAUUAUUUUCUAAGGUAAGAAUACGAAAGUUUCUCUCAAAGACCCUUUUUUGGGGGGGGGGGCAGGGGGGCGGGGUAUUCCCAUGUUUCCACGGGGUUGAUAAACGUAUUCCCGGGUUUAUUAAACAAAAUAUUACUUUUCUUUAAGUAGGUUUUUAUCGAGAACCCUGUGUUGGAAUCUAGUUAUUCGACUGCAAACAUUUCCUUCCAGAGACAAAAAAGACUUGUGAUGAUGUCCACUGUCAGAACGGCGGCGUCUGCUCCAUAAGGCGCCAAAAACCUUUGUGUAAAUGCCUGGUCAACUUCAAAGGUCGUUACUGCGAGACACUAGGCAAGUAAUACUCUCUUCUAAUGCAAAGGUCACUGUUUUGUUGCCGGUNAUAUAAUAUAUAUAUAUAUAUAUAUAUGUAUAUAUAUUUAUAUUUAUGUACAUACAUUUAUAUUUAUGUAUAUACAUAGAGAGAGAGAGAGAUAUUUACUAUUUUUGAAAUUAAAUAGGUUUUAAAAAAAUAAAUUUAAUAAAGCAAUUAUAUAAUCUGGCAAGGUAGCUAUUUCGAUGCAAUUUUUUUUUUUUAAAAGAUAGAAAUACCUGUAGUUUACAACAAUGAAUUCAUCCAAAGAAAAUCUGAUUUGUCUAACUGGCAUAAGAAUCUACGGCUGCAUUCAUAUUUGGAUGAUGUAAGGUGGUCGUAGUCGAUUGCGACUAACGAACUAUAGAUAUCUUGCAUAAAAUGUUAUUAGUGCUUUAUAAAUACAUGUUUUAAAUUUUCAACAAAAACAAUGUCAUUAUUAUUUUAAUUUUUUUUAAAUUUAAUAUUCACCCAAAAUCACGUUGCUUUACAGCCUUGUAAGUUUAACCAGUCGAAAAAAAAAUGUCAUGAACAGUCAAAAAGAGUCAGAAAUAGUCACAGUCUGAAACGGGCAUAAACAGUCGCAAACAGUCACAAACAGUCAUAAACAAUCUCAAACAGUCUCAAACAGUCACAAACAGUCACAAACAGUCGCAAACAGGCAGGCCAUCGAUACAAUGUAAAAAAAAAAUGAAUGUAAAAAAAAUGACAUUGUUUUUUUGUUUUUUUUUAAAAUCCAGUUGACGCUGACCCAUGUACCCGUUACACUUGCUACAACGGAGGCCACUGCGUGUUUACCAACUCGGGUCCCAUUUGCAAAUGUGCUGAAGGUUUUCGUGGAAAAAGAUGCGAUCGAUACGGUGAGUGAAUUUUUUUAGUCAGUGAAAGGAUAACAAUCCAAAUGAGAAUUGGAUAAUCAUAUCAAACUUGAAUCGGCUAUUACUCUAAACCUGUAAUAUCCACCAGUAAUAUCCACCUGUCAUAUCCACCUGCAAUAUCCACUUGUAAUAUACCCCUGUAAUAUCCACAUGUAACAUCCAAACUACGCUCUUCCAUUGAUAAUAGAACCCUCUCAAUCCCAAGAACUAAAAAUUAGACCAUCGGUGAACGCUCCUUCUACUUCUAUGGGCCCACGUUCUGGAACCAGCUCCCCUUCCAUAUCCGUCAUUGUGAAACCUCGUCCACUUUUAAAAAGUCCCUUAAAACCCAUCUGUUUAGGUCCGCCUAUGACCUGUGAUGCACCCUCCUCGCCCUGCCUCAUUUUCUGUUCCUGUAGUAUAGGCCAAAACGUGCCAAAGUGUCCUCGUUUUAUAGCCAUUUUAAUUGUUUCUAUAGUAUAGUAGUUAUUAUCCUAGUGUCUCAUUUUUAUUUUACUUAGCUUACAUGUUUUUUAAUAAUUGUAAAGCGCUUAGAGCUUUAAGGUAAGCGCUAUAUAAAAAAUGCCUAAAUAAAUAAAUAAUAUCCAUAUGUAAUAUCCACCUGUAAUAUCCACGUGUAACAUCGACCUGUAAUAUCCUCAUGCAACACCCGCCUGUAACAUCCACAGUUUCCAGGCACCCAUGCGAUGAACACAAGUGUGACCACGAUGAGAUAUGCUACGUCCGUCGGGGCCGCCCCUACUGCACGAGCGAAGAGCCCGUCAAAAAACCACGCCCCCAGCGUCGCCACUGAAACGCCCCGAGACAAAAUACAGACAUGAAAGAUCCUAAGCUCCCCGAGACCAUGAUUACAAAGGAACUAAAAGUCAUAAAGGGCUGAUAACACCGUGAAAACCUCCUGAUUACACCCUAAUAACAAAAUUCAAGCAUCAACCAAUUGACAUUCAAAUAAAACGACAUUUUGGAACGACAGAGUCAAAAUUCUAGCAGAGCGAAGAGAUUAGAACAUUUUGAGUAGCACAGAACUUUUAGAAGCUAGAAGAUGUCAAGACUCUAACAGCAACAACCCACAUUUCUGCUCCAACGAAGUAUUUAAUUCUUUUUUUUUUCCUUUACAUAUUUUUUUUCUUAACAUAAUUUUUUUUUCUUUACAUACUUCUUUUUUCAUAUAAUUAGAAGACAUACAAGCAAUAAAGACACAUGUGCACUUUUAGAAUGGGUCUGUUCUAAAUAUUCCUUAUAUUUUGCAUGUUGUUGUUUUAAAAUUUCUUCUUUUUUCCUUUUCUGUGUGCUAUAAUUUGUUUUUAAAAGUGUGUCCUGUACAUGAUAAUUCCCUUUAAGAAAUGCGUGACGAAUGUCCUAAAAAUCCUGCAUUACUCCCGACUUAGUGAUACAAAUGUCCAUGAGAAAUGACUUUUUCGGUGAAGUGCGUGUGUUGUUGUUGUUUUUUUCAUUAGCCAAAUGAAAGCAAUGUCAUUGUUUCGUUUUUCUGUUAGCUUUUUAACCUUUUAUGAAAUUAUCAGCCCCUUCAAUAAAAUGCGUACACCAUUGAAUUCUCAAAUAUUGGCACCAUUGAAUUGUCAAAUAUAGACAACAUUGAGAUAUCAAAUAUUGACAUCAUUUAGUUACCAAAUAUUAUCACCAUUGAAUUGUCAAAAAUUGAUACCGCUGAAUUAUCAAAUAUUAACACCAUUGAAUUAUGAAAUGUUGGCACCACUGAAUUAUCAAAUAUGGAUACAAUUGAACUAUGAAGUACAAUAAUCUUGAUCCAUUAAUUAAAAAAAUAGCUUUAUAAAAAAAUGUGACGGACUAUAAAUGCUGUUUUAUAAUUUGAUGAUAUGCAAUUUUUUUUUAACUCCUGGAUGUUCUACGUUUAUAAAAAAAAAUCGUUUUCAAGACUUGAUUAUCUGUUUUAUUAUAAUUGAUGGACUGCAUUCAAGUUGUGUAAACGAAAUGUAAGAACAAGGUACGCUAGACUUGAAGUCAUUGACAGGACAAAAGAUUUUGACGUUUCGGCGUAGAGACAUCAUCAGAAAACAAGACGCACAAAAAUUCUGAUUCUUAAAAAAAAUGUAAGUCUAGCAUACCUUGUUCUUAUAAUUGUUUCAUUUGUUUUAAACGGUCCAAUGUAGAUUGCUCUUUUUUGAAAGUGUCACCCUUCACAAUCAACCUCCCUAUUGGACAAUAAUUAGACACAUCAUUGUGCACGACUUUUGUUAAAGGGCGCGACCAUUGGUGUCUACCCAGGUCAGCAUCAAAUUAAACAGUACAGGGAAAAUGAAACCGCCCAACUCCCAGCAAGACCAUUCAAAAGAAUUUGAGAGAAGAAUCUGCGGAAAAGAAAUCUGACACCCGACAGAGCGCUCCAGCAGACACAUCCGAUACACUCACACAAAAUGGUCUCACUUGACAGGUGCCCCCAUGCACCAUUGAUUUAAUAAAAUACAUAAUAACGCCAUUAUAAAUUAUAGAUUUUUUUAAAAUAAAAAAAUUCCCAAAAUAACUAUUGAUAUAGCAGCAGUUAUUGCCAUCGCAUUUUUUCAGUGCCUUCAAAGAUGUUAUUUGAGAAAUUAUACGAAUAAUAAGAAGAACAGAUUUGCAGGGCGCAUUCUAUCGCCCGCUAAUGUAGCCGAUAUACAUUUUUUGCAAACAGAUGUAAGAGGGUAAGACAGCUUAGUCUUGGACAAAUUCGAAGGAAAUCAUGGAUACGGUUCUUAAAAAACAAUGGACAUCAACCCUUGAAAACGCUGUAAAAGAAGAAGACAGACGGCAGUACGGAGAGUAUCAAUGGUCGCACCAGGCGUCACGAAUCACAUUCCAAAAUCUGAGUGGUCCGGGACUGAUUAACUGUUGCAAGCGUUGAAUGGAAUGAAACCAGAGAUGCCCAACUAUUUUCAAGUUAAAGACUACAUUUCAUAGAAGUAACGAGAACCCUCGACAAUGAUACAUUUAAAUAUGGGUAUUUAGUAGAUUAAAAAAGUUUUUUUUUAAUUGACUAUUUAGCCUAUUAUAAUUCAAAAUGAUUAUUCGCUAUGACAAUG